AUGAUUCUCUCUUACAUCUUUGGCCUGCUGGUCGCCACGUCCGGCCUGGCCAAGGCCGUUAACAUCACCGGUUACGAAUACGUCGUUGUCGGUUCUGGUGCUGGUGGUGGUCCUCUGGCUGCCCGUCUUGCUUUGGCGGGUCACAAGACACUGCUCCUUGAGGCUGGUGAUGAUCAGGGUGAAAAUUACAACUACACCAUCCCUGCUUACUCCGCCAGAGCCUCCGAAGACGAGAAGCUUGCGUGGAACUUUUUCGUUCGCCACUACGAAGAUGACGAGCGCCAGGCUCGCGAUUGGAAGGCUAGCUACGACACGCCUGACGGCGGGAUAUACACCGGCCUGAACCCUCCCGAGGGCUCGACCUUGAAGGGAACCCUCUACCCUCGUACAGGUACCCUUGGUGGUUGCACUGCCCACAACGCCUUGAUUGCAGUCUACCCACACCAGUCCGACUUUGAAUACAUUGAGACCAUCACCGGCGAUAACUCUUGGACACCCGACAACAUGCGCAAGUACUACGCUAAGCUGGAGAACAACGGUUACUCGCUUCCCGCAGUCAAGGGCCACGGUUACGACGGCUGGUUGUCGACCGAGACCGCGCCUCUUAGCAUCGUCUUGAAGGAUACUCAGCUGCUGAGCAUGCUCACCGGUGGUGCCUUUGCGCUCGGUAACUUGACCGAUCACCUUAUGAACAUUGGCACUCUGCUACUUGGCGAUGCCAAUGCUGAUAAGAAGAGCCGUGACACCGAGCCCGGCUACUACCAGAUUCCCAUUUCCACCGAUGACGCCCACCGUAACGGUCCCCGCGAGUUCAUCAUUGCUGUUCGCGAUGCUAAGAACGACGACGGCUCUAAGAAGUACCCUCUUGAUGUUCGCAUGAACACCCAUGUCACUAAGGUGACCUUCGACGAGACUGAAAACCCACCUCGCGCCACCGGUGUGGAGUUCCUCGAGGGCGAGCACCUCUAUAAGGCUAGCCCUAUGUCGAAAUCUGCUCUUCCCGGAACCCCCGGUUCCGCCACCGCUUCUCGUGAAGUCAUCGUUUCCGGUGGAAUCCUCAAGCUGAGUGGUGUCGGACCUGCCGAGGAACUCAAGAAGUUCGGAAUCAAGGUCAUCAAGGAUCUCCCCGGUGUCGGCACCAACCUCCAGGACCACUAUGAGAUCUCCGUCCAGGGCAAGAUCGAGGAGGAUUUCUCCUGCUUGGACAAGUGCACCUUCAGCAUUCGCGGCCAGGAUGACCCUUGCAUCGAUGAUUGGGAGACUCCUAUCCUUGGCGACCGUGGUAUCUACUCAUCCCCGGUCUUGCCGCCACUAUGCUAUACAAAAGUUCCACGGCCGGCGAUGACUUUGACAUUUUUGAAUUCGGUGGCCCCCAUUAACGCGACUGACGAGCACAACUGGUUCACCUGGGCUAUUCUCAAGGCUCACCCCCGCAACACCGCUGGUACCGUCCUUCUUCAGUCUGCUGAUCCCCUGGAUAUGCCUGAGAUUACCUUCAACUACUUCGACACCGGUGUCGGCGACUACGAUGCUGAUCUCACUGCUUUGUACGAAGCCAUUGAGCUCGGCCGUGACGCGUUCAAGCGCCAGCUCGUCAACAUCACUGAGGUUCUCCCCGGCGCUCAUGUUCAGUCCGAGGAAGACAUUAAGGAUUAUGUCAAGGAUGGCGCUUGGGGUCACCAUGCCUCCUGCACUUGUCCCAUUGGUGCUGAUGGUGACCCAAGGGCUGUUUUGGACUCCAAAUUCCGUGUCCGCGGUGUCUCUGGUCUUCGUGUCGUUGAUGCUUCCGUUUACCCCAAGAUCCCCGGUACUUUCACCGCUGUGUCUACUUACAUGGUCGCCGAGAAGGCUGCUGAUGAUAUUCUGACCGAGCUCAAGGCCAGUUCUUAA